AUGAAUGAAGAUCUGAUAGAAGAGCUCUCUCCAAGAGCCGAAAUAUUUCGGUCAAAGCUCAUUGAAGACUUCCAGCUUCUUGAUAUGUUGAUGGACAAAGGUGGAAGUGAAGCACCGACGCAUUAUUCAAACGAAAUACUUGACGAUGCAGUGAUGGAGAAAUUACUGAAAGAGUCACCACUGGGUCUUGUCAAAUUCCAGUUGUAUUCAAAAAAAGAUGAACAACGAUUUCACGACAGACGCCUGAACAGAGUGAAAAACAAAAAUAGCAUUCCUCUUGGACCAUGGGCACACACUGUUGUAGUCAGUAAGUCUAAUUUAUUCAAUCAUUUAUUCUUCUAUUUGCAGUUGUCUCAGUUGAAAGAUGAGUCUCUGGACACCAUCAAAGUCGCUCUGAAUGUUUUUGAUUACUGUGUGCUAACAGUCUUUGUCCUUGAAAUAAUUGUGAAAUGGGUUGAUGAAUUCUGGAGUUUCUGGAGCAAUGGCUGGAAUGUAUUUGACUUUUUUGUCACUAUAAUGUCUGUUGUCCCAGAGGUCAUGAAGUUCUGGUCAGGUACAACAUCAGAGCUUGCAGUUAUUGCUGAGAAUUUGAGAGUGUUCAGGAUUCUGCGAUCUCUAAAAAUGGUGUCAAGAUUUGCACAACUUCGUAUUAUUGUGUUGACUAUUCUCAAAGCUUUUAAGUCCAUGGCGUUCAUAAUGAUUCUUCUCAGUACUUUCAUGUAUAUCUUUGGUGUGGCUGGUACAGUUAUUUUUGACACUUAUUCCAAGUCCAGUCGUACAGACCUCAAAUACAAGGAGAGUUUCAGUACUCUCGGCAAUGCAUUGAUAACCCUAUUUCAGUUGUUCACUUUGGAUCACUGGUAUCAGAUGCUGACUGAUCUUGUCAAAGUAGCRGAUGACAUCACAGCCAAGAUUUAUGUCAUACUUUGGAUAUGCAUUGGAGCAUUUAUUUUCAGAAAUAUCUUUGCUGGGAUUAUGGUGAUGAAUUUUCAAAACAUCCGAGAUGACUUCAACAAGCAGGUUAAAGAACAACAGCUCGCUCUUGAAGCUGAACAAAUGAGACAGCAUCUCACAGAGGAGCUUGAUCGUCAAGACAAGCUUCACACUAGAACAAGACGRUCCAGCUCUGCAGGGUUUUCCCUAUAUAACGAAGGUGCCCCAAAAAUAGCUGCUGAUGUACUACCAACAUUGGCUGAAAUAACUGGCUCUGAAGAGGAUGAAGAAAAUAAAGAGGAGUCCACAGACACACAAGAAAAGGAGAAUCCUUUUGCUGCUUUAGGGUCAUUUAUGGCAAAAUUAAAGGAGGCCAGGAGCAGUCAGACAAGUGGUACUAUGGGAGGGUUUGCCAGUAUUCAAGAUGAUUUCAGAAAAGUAUCAGAUGAUUGGAAUGCAACAGUAGAGGCAAACCUCAGUGUAUUAAAGAACAACCCUGUCGAAACUCUUUGGCCAAGGGCAUCUCUAUUCAGAUAUUUUCAACUGAUGGAGUUUUUGCAAGAAAAUAUAGCAGAACGACAACAACUUCUGAAAAUGGCAGUUGACUCAGUAUCACAAAACUGA